AUGAUAGAUAGAAGCUGGAAAGAGAAGUAUCUACCAAACACACCCAUUAGGCCGCUUAGUGAAAUCUUUGAUGAGAGAGAAGAGCUGGAAGUGCACGCGGUGAAUGGAGAAAUCCUCCCUUUUGAUGGCUGGGUCCUUAUUGCCGUCAGUCUCAAUGGAAAUGGUGCGCUUAGCCAGUCGAUCAUGGUGCCUUUUCUCAUCUGUAGCAUUCCGCUUGCACAGCCACUACUUGGGUUUAAUGUCCUAGAGGAAGUGAUUCAAAAUCGAACAAAAGAACUUGUCCCAGCACUUACCACGCUUCUAUCUGACGCAAUAUCGGUUCCUGCUGAGAAAGUUGAGCUGCUGAUGAACUUCAUUCAGACUGACAAACCCUCUAUGUAUCACAGGUUGAUAAGAACUGGUAAUUAUGAGACUACAGUCCCAGCCGGACAAGUAGCCUGGGUGAAGUGUCAGGUCCCAUCCGCUGUAGACCAGUCAGACUCUCUUCUUUUGUUUGAACCUAACGAGAACAGUGGCCAUCUCACCGAGCUUGAGAUUGAGGAGGGCUUACUAGAACUACAGACUGCAAAAAGACCUUAUGUCAUAAUACCAGUAAGAAAUGACACGAAGCAUCCUGUUACAAUACCAAGGAAGACAGCCCUUGGUAGCGUCCAGACGGUGGCUAGAGUGAUUGAGAACAAUCCAUUAGAGAGCCCCAGGCCCAGAGUAGCAGUCGUUAAAGCAGCAACAGCCCCAGUUAAACAGAGUGUUCCAGCGUUAUGGCAGCCGCCUGCGGACCUCAGCCACCUUGGUGAUGAGGAACAAGAAAAAGUCAAGAAAAUGCUGUGGGAAGAAUCGGCUGCUUUUGCACAAGACAGUCAUGAUAUUGGAUGUAUUCCUAGUCUACAGAUGUCUAUCUCACUCAAAGACGAGAUUCCAGUGCAGAGAGCUUACUCUUCGGUGCCCAAACCACUGUUCAAAGAGGUGAAGGAGUAUGUACAAGAUCUGCUCAUGAGAGGUUGGAUUGUGAAGUCAAAGUCCUCUUAUGCUGCUCCAGUGGUCUGCGUCCGAAAGAAAGACGGUACACUCCGCCUCUGUAUCGAUUAUCGUCUCUUGAAUCAGAAGACCAUACCUGAUCGACAUCCCCUACCUAGGAUACAAGACCUGACUGAUAGUCUCGGUGGUUAUUCCUGGUUCAGCAUCCUCGACCAAGGAAAGGCUUAUCAUCAGGGCUUUAUCGCCAAGGACUCCCAGCACCUCACUGCUUUCAUUACCCCCUGGGGGCUAUAUGAAUGGGUGCGUAUCCCUUUUGGCCUCUCCAACGCCCCAGCAGCUUUCCAGAGAAGCAUGGAGGAGAUGUUGAGUUCCUUGAGAGAUGAUUGCUGUCUUCCGUACCUUGACGACGUGCUCUGCUAUGCAAAAACCUUUGACGAGCACGUGGAAGGGGUCCGUGAAGUACUCCAAGCUCUUCAGCGACAUGGAGUGAAACUGAGACCUGAAAAAUGUGAGUUAUUCCGACGAGAAGUAAGAUAUGUGGGUCGUCUUUCUUGUGUCAGCUCAGGGAGUGAGAAUUGA